GAGGGGCGGAGUCGCCGCCGUCCCAGAAGCCUCUGGGAAGCGGCCGCGCUGCGCGGGCGACUCGUUGGUCCCGGGGGAGAUGGCGGCGCCGGAACCGGGGAGCUAGAGAGACUCGGGGCCGCGGCCGCCUGCUCAGCUUGGCGCCUGGGCCGGCCUGCCCCAGGAGCUGGUGACUGUCCUCGGGGUGUGACCUGUGGCCUGUGGGCACAAUGGAUCUGGCUUACGUCUGCGAGUGGGAGAGAUGGCCCAAGAGUACCCACUGUCCGUCGGUGCCUCUGGCCUGUGCCUGGUCCUGCCGUAACCUCAUUGCCUUCACCACCGACCUUCGAAAUGACGACCAGGACCUCACCCGCAUGAUCCACAUCCUGGAUACGGAACACCCCUGGGAUGUGCACUCCGUCAACUCAGAGCACAGCGAGGCCAUCACCUGCCUGGAGUGGGACCAGUCAGGCUCCCGGCUCCUGUCGGCUGAUGCUGACGGGCAGAUCAAGUGCUGGAGCAUGGCCGACCACCUGGCCAACAGCUGGGAGAGCUCUGUGGGCAGCUUGGUGGAGGGGGACCCCAUCGUGGCGCUGUCCUGGCUGCACAAUGGGGUGAAGCUGGCAUUGCACGUGGAAAAGUCGGGCGCCUCCAGCUUCGGCGAGAAGUUCUCCCGCGUCAAAUUCUCGCCGUCCCUCACACUGUUCGGCGGCAAGCCAAUGGAGGGCUGGAUCGCAGUGACGGUCAGCGGCCUGGUCACCGUGUCCCUGCUCAAGCCCAGCGGGCAGGUGCUGACGUCAACGGAGAGUCUGUGCCGGCUGCGCGGCCGCGUGGCCCUGGCGGACAUCGCCUUCACGGGCGGCGGCAACAUCGUGGUGGCCACCGCGGACGGCAGCAGCGCCUCCCCCGUGCAGUUCUACAAGGUGUGCGUGAGCGUGGUCAGCGAGAAGUGCCGCAUCGACACCGAGAUCCUGCCCUCGCUGUUCAUGCGCUGCACCACCGACCUCAACCGCAAGGACAAGUUCCCCGCCAUCACCCACCUCAAGUUCCUGGCCCGUGACAUGUCAGAGCAGGUGCUCCUGUGUGCGUCCAGCCAGACGAGCAGCAUCGUGGAAUGUUGGUCUCUGCGGAAGGAGGGGCUUCCCGUGAACAACGUCUUCCAGCAGAUCUCGCCUGUGGUUGGUGACAAACAGCCCAUGAUUCUCAAGUGGCGGAUCCUGUCGGCCACCAACGACCUGGACCGCGUGUCUGCCGUGGCGCUGCCUAAGCUGCCCAUCUCGCUCACCAACACUGACCUGAAGGUGGCCAGCGACACCCAGUUCUACCCCGGCCUCGGGCUGGCCCUGGCCUUUCACGACGGCAGCGUCCACAUUGUGCACCGGCUGUCGCUGCAGAGCAUGGCCGUCUUCUACAGUUCUGCGGCCCCGCGCUCCGCGGACGAGCCGGCCAUCAAGCGCCCGCGGACCACCGGCCCCGCCGUCCACUUCAAGGCCAUGCAGCUCUCCUGGACGUCUCUGGCCCUGGUCGGCAUCGACAACCACGGGAAGGGACUUGGCCUCGGCCUGGAGGAAGGGGCGAGCUGUGUGCGCUCACCCUCGCGGCCGUGCCCGCCCAUCCCCCCGCCUCCCGUGCUGACUGGGAAACCGGCUUCCGCAUUCACGUUGAGACUCCUGACUCGUGAGCGAAUCCCUUGCUCGUUUGCUCCGCCCUUGGGGUCUCCAGGAGAGGGGCCAGCGGCCUGGCGUGAGGCGUUCCGCUUCUGGAGAACAGGGUCUGUGUCUCUGCGGAGACCCCCGCGGCCCUCGAGUGGAUCCGCGCCGGCCACGCAGCCUGGUGACAGGCCGGUUCCCCAGAAGCCCCGUGCGGGUGUGGUGGGGCCUCGGAGGUGCCGCCGCAGCGCAGACACAGCGCGUGCGGCCGCCCCACCCCCUGGCGGGCGGGAGGGCCCGGGGAGGGGGUGCGGGGUCCCGCAGCGCUCCCCGCCCCGUCCUCCCCUGCAGCUGAGCAUGCUUCGCAUCUCGCCCUCCAUGGGCCACGCGCUGGACGUGAGCCUGGCCCUGCGGCACUUGCUCUUCCUGCUGGAGUACUGCAUGGUGACCGGCUACGACUGGUGGGACACCCUCCUGCACGUGCAGCCCGCCAUGGUGCAGAGCCUGGUGGAGAGGCUGCACGAGGAGUACACGCGCCAGAACGCGGCCCUGCAGCAGGUCCUGUCCACCCGGAUCCUGGCCAUGAAGGCCUCGCUGUGCAAGCUGUCGCCCUGCACGGUGGCCCGCGUGUGCGACUACCACGCCAAGCUCUUCCUCGUGGCCGUCAGCUCCACGCUCAAGUCCCUCCUGCGCCCACACUUCCUCAACACGCCCGACAAGAGCCCUGGCGACCGGCUGACCGAGGUCUGCGCCAAGAUCACGGACGCCGACAUCGACAAGGUCAUGAUCAACCUCAAGACGGAGGAGUUCGUCCUGGACAUGAACACGCUGCAGGCGCUCCAGCAGCUCCUGCAGUGGGUGGGCGACUUCGUGCUCUACUUGCUGGCCAGUCUGCCCAACCAGGGCUCCCCGCUGCGGCCGGGACACAGCUUCCUGCGGGACGGCACCUCGCUGGGCAUGCUGCGGGAGCUGAUGGUUGUCAUCCGGAUCUGGGGCCUGCUAAAGCCCAGCUGCUUGCCCGUGUACACGGCCACCUCAGACACCCAAGACAGCAUGUCCCUGCUCUUCCGCCUGCUUACCAAGCUCUGGAUCUGCUGCCGUGACGAGGGCCCCACGAGUGAGCCGGACGAGGCGCUCGUCGACGAGUGCUGCCUGCUGCCCAGCCAGCUGCUCAUUCCCAGCCUGGACUGGCUGCCCGUCAGCGACGGCCUUGUCAGCCGCCUGCAGCCCAAGCAGCCUCUGCGCCUGCAGUUCGGCAAGGCCCCCGCCCUGCCCGCCUGCGCCACCGUGCAGCCCGACGGCCUCAGCAGGGCGGCGGGCCAGCCCAAGAUCGACCACCUGCGAAGGCUGCACCUGGGAGCCUACCCCACGGAGGAGUGCAAGGCCUGCACCCGGUGUGGCUGUGUCACCAUGCUCAGGUCGCCCAAUAAGACCACGGCCGUCAAGCAGUGGGAACAGCGCUGGAUCAGGAACUGCCUGUGCGGGGGGCUCUGGCGGCGGGUGCCCCUCAGCUACCCCUGACCGGGGGCCCCCCGGGCCCUCUCGGCAACAGAACGUUCCACACGCACCCCGACCUUCAUCGGGUACAUCAAGCAACGGGCAUCCUUGGAGCACGGCCUUCCGGGCCUGAUCGGCCAAGGUCGUGUCCCGUCAAUGGACGGCGCAGGGGUAGACGCGGCCUGAAGCCGCGAGUCGGUGCCUGUCGGCCCAGCCGGGACUGCUCUCUGUCCCUCAGAGCCUAGCGGUGGUUCCAGGAGGAGGGCCGGCCCCCUGUCCACAUGCCCCAGGCGGCCACCGAGACAGACCCGUGGGUCUCACGGCCUCACGUACUGUCCUCCCUGGACCCCCAGUGGCCCCUCCGGAGGCCCCAGGUCCUGGCUCGGAGGGUCCAGGGUGGCCCGGGGUCUCUGUUCUUUAGAACGUCCCCCCGUGAACUUGUCCAGUGUCUGGGUGGGUACUGCCCAUGACACCUGCCUCAGUGUCCUCCCUGUUCCUGUCCGUGUGUCCGCGUGGUUCUGACGUCAGCAGGUCCAAUAAAUGUCCUGCCAGGUC